AUGUCACUUCAUGAGUCGCAUCGUGAAGGCAACACGGAUCAAAAGUUUUCACUGCCAACCGUGCCACUGCCACCGCCGCCGCCCUUUCCCGCCUCUAAGCACAACUUUGCGUUGAAUGCCUUUGCUGUUGGCGAGCAUGCCACCAGCAGCGGCGGCAGCCUGAGCGCCAUUGGUGUCUCUGGUUCCGGCUCAAACUCCGCAUCCGGUUGCGGUGGUUUGCUCAAGUCACGCCAUGGCCUCAUACAGACGCCAAACUUUCCGCAGCGCUUCGCCACGCCCAUCGAAUGCAUUUGGAUAAUUGAUGCCACCGAAUUGCCCGUCACGCCACAGGGCAAUGUCUCCAUUGUGGUCUACCUGACGCAGCUCUAUGUCCUGGGCGGUCUCAAGUUCACCGAGUACAUGUACUACUCGGAUGACUUCAAGGUGCCCGCCCAUCGUGUCUUCACACUAAACGAGGAUGAUGUCACCCAGGUUACCUGGCUGCAGUUUAAUAGCCAAUACCUCGAGAUACGCUUCAGCAUGUCCUCGCUGGAUGGCACACACUUGCGUGCCCUGGAUCGCCUACUCGAUGUCUACGGCUUCAAUAUAACCUAUGAAGUCCAGCCCGAGGUGAAGUCAACUCAGUGCAACACGUUGCAAUGCCGCUUCCUAGGCAAUUGCUAUGCCAGCGCUGAUUACAGCUCCUAUGCCUGCGCCUGUUUUCCUGGCUUCAGUGGCAGCGACUGUGGCUCCGGUCCACUCUGCAAGGAUGCGCAUACAAAUGUUUGCCAAAAUGGCGGCACCUGCAAACACAUAGGCGAUGCGGCCAUAACCUGUCACUGUCCGGCGGGCUACAAGGGCACCAAAUGUGAAAUACCGGAAAUAAAUGAAACAACGCAGGGAUGCAUUGACAAUGCCAGCGCCAGUAAUUGUCAUAGCGCUUGCGACUUUGACAGCAACAACUUUAAUGGCAUCUCGAGCAGCAGCAGCAGCAGCAGCAGCUACGGCUCCAGCUCAAGUGGCAGUUCCGUUAGCAAUGCUAACGUGCAUGGCAACCGUAAUGCGGCACGUAGCGGUAAAACACGCUACGAGGUGACCAUGCGUCUGGGCGCCAACCUUACCGGAUACUAUCGCCAUGCUGAGCGCGAACAAUUGGCUGGCGUCAUGGAGCGACAGCUGUCCCGCGUUCUGCGCAACUUUAACAUAACCAAAGUUAGCGAUCUUGAGCUAAUCUCCAAUACCACCGAUCGUUUGGACAUAACCUUUCAUUUCUUUGGCAUUAAGGGCGACUCGCAGCGCAUACGCGAGGCCAUCACGCGCAUGGUGGAGCGUGGACGCAUUGGCAACUUUACGCUGGUGUCCAACUUCCAUCACUUCGAUGAGAAUCCACCACUGAAUAUGCUGGAGCUGAGCGUCAAUCAACAGCAAGCAGCUGUGCGCGAGGAUAGCGAAUUCAUCAUAUCCUGCACAGCCCAAGGCUCAUCACGCAUGCAGUUCCAAUGGUUCAAAGAUGGCGCCAUCGUGAAUGCCACCAAGGCUACGCGUGAGAUCUGGACCACUGUGCUGCCGCCGGAAACCAAAGAUGUCUUCACGGCCAUUUUAGGCGUUACCAAAGCGAGCCGCAUCGACGAGGGCGUCUAUAGCUGCAAGGUGACCGACUGGGGCGUCGAGCAAUGCCGUUCGCUGCACAUCCACAUCAAGUCACCGCCACGUCUGCGAGUCGAUCCAGCCAGCGUGACCCUGCAGCGUGGCGAUUCACUGCGUGUGCGUUGCCUUUCGCCGGGCAACGAUGACAUCAAGCGCUAUGCCCAGCUGGGCUACAGUUGGACACGGAACGGGCAGCUCUUCCAGUCGGAUGCCGGCACGGCCAUGUGGGAGGAUCUCUAUCCGGAUGGCAGCAUUCUCAAAAUCAACAACAUUCAAAAGUCCGCAGAGUACGCUUGUCUGGUCUCCAACAGCGUGCGCCCAGUCUCACGCAGCGUCUACAUCAAUGUCAUCGAGCGCAAUGCCGCGCAUGUUUGUCUGGCGGAGUCCAGUUACGGCGUACACUGGCCCACCAGCGCACCUGGGGCGCCCAUUAUAACGGAUUGUCCUCGCGGCUUUGAGGGCCACUCGCGUCGCAUUUGUGAGCAACGCGAUGCGGGCAACUCCAGCUGGCUGCUCCCCGACUUUUCCAGCUGUGUGCGGGACGAGCUGCUGCUCAUCUACAAUCGCUACAGAGCGCUCUGCGCUGGCUUCCAGCAGACCAACUCCUCCACCAUACUCAAGGCCUGCUUUGACUACACGCUACAGCGCAGGCAGAGCUUUCUGCCCGGCGAGGCGAGUUUCCUCAUCGAUAUGCUGCAUGAGCUCGACACCUAUUUGCAAUUGAAGGGCACACAACUGGAGCGUGAGAUGGCGGCGGAGAUAAUAUUGCGUAUACUGGAUAAAGUCAUGCAGAAUGCCAAAUCCUUGAAUAGUCAACAGCAAAUAAAAAAGUUGCAACUUUUAACGCAAUCUGCGGCACUCAACCGCGAGACAAUUGCGGCCUCCCAAUUGGCCACAUCGACGGGCGGCGGUGGCGGCGGCAACGGCGGAGCUGGCCAGGUGACAUCCUCGGCAACUGCUGCUGACAGCACGACAACUUUGACCGCACAGGGUCGCGCCAACGGGCAGGGCAGAGUGGAUGGAGCUGCAGGCAAAUUACAGGCGAACCGUGUGGGCGCUGCGGCCGAUUCAGCUGCUGCUGGUGCAAGUGCCACUGGUGGUGGUGGUAGUGCUAGUGGCGCAAGCAGCAUUUUAACCAUAGACGAGGACGCUUUAUCGCUGGAUCGCUUGAAUUCGCUGCGCAUUUACAUGACCUCAGUGAAAACAUUGCCGUUCGAUUUACGCAUUUACGGCGAGGAUUUAUUUUCGGAUCAACUUUAUAUGGAAAUCGGACUAUCCACACGUCUGCUGCAUAUCAUGGCCAAUUCGACAAUAUUCGCUUCUGUGAUCUCCUAUAAGAACCUCAAAAGCUUUCUACCCAAAACUUACUACACGCGUGGCAGCGAUCCUAAGGACUCGGACUAUGUGCUUGCCUCACGCAUUAUACAAACCUGGCUAUUUCAAUCCAACCGCUCCAAUGACAAUUUUCGUGAGCCACUCGACCUAUCCUUUGAGGCUGGCCAUGUGGAAAUUAUAUUUCAGCACGAAAGCGUGCCCAAAACUGGAGACUGGGUGGCGGUCUGCGGUCACGACUACAAAGCCUCGUUUGACUCCACCUGGCGCUCCGAUUUGUGCAUCACCAAGCAUUUAAUGGAGAACAUAACACGCUGCAUUUGCCCGCUCUCUGGCACCUACGUGGUCAUGCUCACCAAGCGACAGCCCAAUUCACCUCCAGCGCAUGCGGCACAACGUCCGCUUUUUGUAAUCAUCAGCUGUGCCUGUUGCCUGCUCCAAUGUUGUUGCGCUUUGCUCAUUUUGCUGCCCAUCUGGUGUAAUCGCAAGUGUGCUGUGACCUUUCUCAAAAUGCAGUUCUGCGUCUCCACCUCGAGCGUCAUGCUGAUCUAUUUGCUGGGAUUCAUGAAAAUGCUGCCUGUGAACUGGCAUGGAAUAAUCAGCAGCACGCUGGCUUCGCUGCUGCUGUUGGGCAUCUCGACGCUGAUUGCCAUUGCACUUGCCAUACACACAGAGCUGGUGCCGAAGAAGUAUCUGCAGAUUGGUGGCAGCAGCGGUGGUGGCACCAACACCAACAGUGGCAACAGCAGCAAGCCAGCAACGCCCACCAAGCAACAACAACAGCAGCAGCAGCAGCAGUCGCAGCAGCAGCGGCGUCAGAGUCUGAGCAACAUAACGCAAAUAAGCACGCAGUCAACGGAGGCGCCACGCGGCAGCAGCAGCAACAGUAGCUGCAACAACAACAGCAAUGGCCGACGCAACUUUUCAACGUCGCGCAUUCCGCUGCAGGGCGCUGCGGCGGGCAUUCGCGGAGCCAUUGGCAUUAGUUGGCUGCUGCCGCUGCUGUUUGCGAUUGCUGCGCCACUAAUCUGCAGCAUCAUUGGCAAGUGGCCGCGCCACUGGUGGCUGGAGCCGAUGUGGAUGCAACAGUCAGCGGAUGCAAUCAGCGAUUCCAGCGCAGAGUCUGAGUCGGAGUCGUCAGUUUAUUAUGCAACGCAUACGCUGCUCAAUGGUGAUAAUUUACAGCUGGAAUCGGAGGCGCUGCUGGGCAAUGGCAAUGGGAGCGCCAGACACACGCCAACUGAGUCGUCAAUGGGAACAAGUGCAGCAGCAGCAGCAGCGGCAGCGGCAGCGGCAGCCACGUCAGCUCAUCAAUCACAGCUAAGUACUUGGGCGCUCGGACUGCUUUAUCGGGCUGGUGGAUUGCUGCUCAUAAAACUGUGCAGCGAUGGCUGCUUCAUAGUCUAUGUUAAUUCAGCAACGGAUACUUUAUGGGCAUAUCCUUUUGGCAUAUCCUGCAUAAUAUUGGGCUUUGGCAUACUCUUUUGCUUUGUGCUAAAGGCCGAGAGUCAAUUGCGUGGACCACCGUUCCUCAGCAGCGGCAGCGGCAGCAGCACACAGAGCGGCAGUUCGCUGAAGCAAACCAAGUUCAGCACCAGCAAGACGAGCCUGGAGGACAACUAUUGCACUACGACGACUGCGAGCAUCAACAGUCCACUGAGCUGUAAGCAGAACGAGGUCAACGCUAGACUUAUGCCUAACACAAAUACAAAUACAAUAUUGCAGGCAGCAGCCAGUUCCAGUGGCAAGCAAGCACUUGAGCUGUCAGCAGCAGCAGCAGCAGCGGGCACGGCCACAGUGCAACUGCCGUUGACAAUUAUUUCAACUGCUCCACGCAGCGGUCAGGCGGGCAACAAUGCCGAGACAUUGCUCAAUGCACAUCAGCCGCUGACGGUGGCUGCAACAGCAGCAGGCACCGCCUCGCCAGCAGCACGCUGCUGCGCUUUGCUUAGCGGCAGCAACAACGUCGAGGCGCUCGGUGCUGGCAAUGCCUUGGGCUAUGCCUACGAUGCGUAUACGCUGGCUGGCGGACUAACGGGCAGCUUGGGACGAAGGCUGCUGCAUCAACAGCAUCAGCAACAUCUCCAUCAGCAGCAACAGCAGCAGCAGCAGCACUUUGCAACAGCAACAUGUGAUGAAUAUGUGGGCGUUGAAACGCUGGACAUUCUGCAGGGCGUGGCAGCAGAUAGCAUAAUUGGCAUAUUGCCCGCUGGCGCGCCACAUUACGUGCCACUGCAACAUAAUCCGUAUGUGGACUUUCUGCCCAGCACAUUGAUGCUUAGCAUGCCCACAGCCACGCCUGCUGCCAUGCCACCGCCGCCCACAAUCAGUGGCAACCUCAGCGGCAACAUCUCCAGCGCCACUUUGCCGACGCCCAAGACGCAAAAGCGCGUCACCAUUUUGGAGCCCACAUCGCGCACCACUUUCGAUCCACUGCUGCCCACAAUGGUUGCCGCUGUUGUCUCCACCACCACCACCACCAGCACGGCCAGCACAACGGCAGCCAGCACGCCAACAACACAAAGCGCACAGCUGGACAGCAGUCAUGCCACAUUGGAUCGCAUAACGCACGACCUUGACUAUUUGCUCAAUCGUGGCGCAUUGGAUGUGGAUGCAGCAGCAGCAGCAGCAGCCACGGCUGAGGCACAGCAGCAAUCACAGCUAAGCAGCAAGCUCUAAGUUUGUUGCUUUAGUAGAGCUAGAAAAGAGAAUCAAUGAGCUAGGGCUAAAACUGGGACUUUAGUUUGUAAGCAAUCUCUAUUGUAAAUAUUCCAAAGGCCUGUAAAUAAUUAAGCUUAGUCAUUGAACAUUUAUCAAAUAUUUAACAAUUUAUUUUUGCUCUUUAGUUGACAUUACGCAGCAAAUGUUAGAUUAUGACAUAUAGUAAACUAUUAUUUAAUUUUAAUAUUUAAAAAAUCAAAAACAAAUUGCAACAGAAUUUAAACUAAAUGGCAAAGUUUUUUAGCUAGAUGUACAAAAUUAUAAGCGAAGAGUAAUGAACAAAUUAAAUUAGCCAUAGUUUAAACUUUGAACUACAUUUUUUGAUUCCAUUUAACAAAAUAAAAACGAAUUCCUAGACAUAAAAUAAAUAAAAAUAAACAUUUUCGGUUUAAGCACAAUUAUAAGCCAACUCUACAAAA